AUGCGUGGACUUGCAGCUGGGUGGGGGGCCAGACAAGCAGCCUGCGGCCUGCAGAGGCCUCCUGGCCACAGUGGCUGGGGACUCCAGCCAGGCUGCCUGCACCAGGUGUGCACCACCCCAGCUGUGCAGGGAGGACCCAAAACAGCAAAAUACCCAGGCCUCAGCUUUCUGGAGAUGCUUUUAUACUGUUCUGAAAGAAACACGAGUGUGAUGACUAGGAACCCUCUUGCCCCACAGCCCACAACCAUGGAAGAAAAGGCAGAGAAGGGCAGUGAGGGGACAAGUGCCCAGGAGUCUGUCCGGGCUCACCGGUUGUUCCAGCUACCUCGGCCGCUGCCGCUGCCGCUGGGUCCCAUUCAUGAGGGUCGCUCGGCUCAGCUGCGGCCCAGGUGGCUCCCCAGGCAGCGGGAGCGGUGGGAGCCGGGCCUCGCAUGCGGACCUGGAGCAGUCCCCUCGCUGCCCUCCGGCCGCCCUCCCAGCGGUUCCUCGCUGCCGCGGUCCAGCAGCCGCCUCCCCUUUGCUGCCUGCAGGCCAGGAGCGGAGCCUCUGCGGUCUCAAACAGUGAAUUACGUGGGACAGCUGGCGGGGCAGGUGAUUGUCACCCUGAAGGAACUCUACAAAGGCAUUAACCAGGCCCCCCUCUCUGGGGGUAUCGAUGUCAUCAUGGUGCAGCAGCAGGACGGCACCUAUCACUGUCCGCCUUUCCGCCUUCGGUUUGGGAAGCUGAGAGUCCUGAGAUCCAAAGAGAACGUGAUGGAUACAGAAAGUGGCAAUUCAGUGGAGCUUCACAUGAAGCUGGGUGACAAUGGGGAAGUUUUCCUUGUGGAGGAGACUGAAGAGGAAUGUGAAAAGCUUCCUGCUUACCUCGCCAUCUCACCAAUUCCAACUGAAGAUCAAUUCUUUUUUUUUUUUUAUUUUCAAUUCUUUAAAGAUAUUGACACCCCUUUGAUGAAAUUGGGUGGAGAGGAAAAACAAUCCCAGAGUCCAGACAGCUCACACACCUUGGAAACAGAGACAGUUUUCACCCCGAGUUCUGUGAAAAAGGAAAAACGAAGGAGAAAGAAAUGCAAACCGGACAGGAAGAAGGAAGAGCAGGCUGCUUCUCCCGCUGCGGAGACACGUGAUGUGGGCGGGAGCUCUGAAGACGACAAGGGCUCCCAGUCAGCAACGGGAUCUUCAAAUGCUUCCUGCAAGGAAGAAGAAUACAAGGAGCCAGAGCUGGAGGUGAAACCCACUGAGAGCCUGCUCAGAUCAGAGUCUCUGGAGUGGACGUGGGGAGGAUUUCCAGAAUCCACCAAGGUCAGCAAAAGAGAAAGAGCUGACUAUCAUCCCAGGACGGCUACAAUCACACCAUCGGAAGAUACCCAUUUUCAGGUAAUUCCCAGUGAGGACAACCUCGUCAGUGAAGUUGAGAAGGAAGCUUCCAUCGAAGACACUGCCAUAGUGAAACCCAAGCCCAGAGCCCUGUGUAAGCAGUUGAGUGACACAGCUCCCACCGCAGAGCUCCUCCAGACUCUGGAGAGUCUCCAGAUUCCAUCUCUGUUAGAUGUGGACCACCUUCCCAGCCCAUCCUCAGCAGAGGCUGCCUCAGAAUCCAAACCAGCAGCUAAAGUUGACUCACCGUCAAAUGAGCAAGGUAUCCACAAGAGAAGCCAGCACCAGGGACCUGACGAUAUUUACCCUGAUGACCUAAAGGCUCUAGAACCUGAAGGUGCAGCUCUCUAUUUCCCUAAAAGUGAAUCAGAUCCCAGUUCCAGGCAGUGGCCCGAGUCUGACACGCUCUCUGGCUCCCAGUCGCCACAGUCCGUGAGAGGUGCAGCUGCUGAUAGUGGCACUGGGUGCCUCUCGGAUUCUGCCAUGGACUUGCCAGAUGUCACCCUCUCCCUGUGUGGGGGCCUCAGUGAGAACGGAGAAAUCUCUAAACAAAACUUCAUGGAACAUAUCAUUACUUAUCAUGAAUUUGCAGAAAACCCUGGACUCAUAGACAAUCCUAACCUUGUCACACGGAUAUAUAAUCGUUACUGUAACUGGGUAUUGGCUGCUCCCAUGACCCUCAGCUCACAGGUGUUUCAGAAGAGUCUGCCUAAGGCCACAGUCGAGUCCUGGGUUAAAGACAAGAUGCCAGAGAAAUCUGGUCUGUGGUGGUUUUGGCAUAAGAGAGAAAGCAUGACCAAACAGCUGCCAGAAGCCAAGGAGGGAAAAUCGGAGGUGCCGCCAAUCCGUGACCUGCCGUCAAGUGCAAAGGAGCCGGCAAGUGCCAGGCCAGCAAAGGAUGACUCCUCGAGUGAAGAGGGGUCGCCAGAGCUUGAAGAAUCAAUCCAAGUGGACCCCAUUCCCAUGGAGCUCCUGAGCCAUGGCAGCACAACUUGGUAUAAGAAGUCCCUCCAGCUCUCCUCAGACCAGAUCCCAAAACUGAAGCUCCAGGAUGGCCCAGACAAUACUGUGUUUAGUAUCACAACCCAGCAUCGAGGGACCUGCCGGUGUGCCGGGACCGUUUACCUGUGGAACUGGAAUGACAAGAUCAUGACUUCUGACAUCGAUGGAACAAUAACCACGUCCGAUGCUUUGGGACAGAUUCUCCCACCGCUGAGUAAAGACUGGACUCCUCAGGGCAGAGCAAAGCUCUACCAUUCUAUCGAUGAGAAUGGCCACAAGUUUCUGUACUGUUCAGCCCGUGCCAUGGGCAUGGCUGACAUGACCCGUGGGUAUCUGCAGCAACCAACUCUAGUGCUAAUGGACACUGGGACACAGGGGCGAGCCACUCUCAACACAGGGUCGGGACCCAUGUUCUAG